AUGGAAAACCCUGUAGCGCCGUUCUCCUCCACUGCUGCCCAGCCACUGGGGGUGCCUGGAACGGUGGCUGUUGUGGCUCUCUCUUCUUCGUUGCAUGCUGCUGGAGUUGGCUCUCGGAGGGGCUUUUCAGAUGUGGUGGUUAACCGACCACAACCUCUGCCUUCCUUGGAUAUUUCAGUACGUGAACCACGUUUUGUGGAUGGGGAGAUGUUCUUCACUUUCUCUCCGGCUGAGGUAGCGAAAUCGGUAGAGCCUUUUUGUUUUGCAGUUGUUCUGAAAUUUCAACGGCGCCGGCCUUCUUUGGAUCAGAUUAGAAUCUUUAUUAAAAGCAAAUGGGGUCUUAAGGCUAUGCCAGUGGUCGGUCAGUUGAGAAACUCUCUGAAUAUAUUGGUUCAUUUGAUUAAUGAGGGUGACUUUGUAUCGGUUACGGCAAGAGGAUGUUCAGACGUGAAUGGUGUGCCGUAUAAGAUCUUCCACUGGACUCCGGGUUUUAAUGAAGAGGCUAAGCCCCCAUUGGUCCCUGUUUGGCUUACACUACCUGGAUUACCACCGAAUUACUUCCAAAUGUCCAUGUUGAAGAGUUUUGGUGAUGGUUUUGGCCGGUUCUUGAAAUGUGAUAAUGAUACGUUGUGUGUGACCAGACUGGAAACGGCUAGAAUUUGUGUGGAGUUGGAUGUAUCGGCUCCGUUGAAGAAUCACUUCUGGAUAGGAUCACCUGGGCUGGAGAGCAGUUUUUUUCAAGAAGUUAUUUUUGAGAAUUUACCGAUGUUUUGUAACUGGUGCAAGAAACAGGGGCACUUGGAAGGUUCCUGCAAAUCUAAAAAUCAGUACAACAUGAAGGGGAAAAAGAAAAUGGAUUCGGUUGAUAAUGGGAAGGGGCUAGAAACCAAAGUAUGGAAGGUGGUAGGGGAGAAGAAAACAGAGGAGAAAGUGCAGGCUGGAAACGAGAAGCAGGAAAUACCGAGUAGUCGACGGCAAACCCAAGCUCUCUUGGAGGAUAAAGAGAUGAAAAGGAUUGAAGACACUCAGCUGACGGAACAUGAGGAAGAACAUGAUGCGGAACCGAACGUCUAUGGGAGUCAAUCGGCUGGUAAGUUGUCUUGGUUUGAGGAUUCUGAAAAGCUGGAUGAAAAGGAUGAGGGUGAUGGUUUGGUACAUAUCCGUGGGUCCCCUAGAAGCUCUCUAAAGCUGAUUGAUGAAGCUCUUGAAGGAGAAGUUUGCUGCAAUGCUAUAGGUACUGAAAAUUGUUUGAGGUAUCCUUUUUUGGCACAUUCUUUGACUGAUAAUGAUAAUGAGGAUGAGAUUGAAGAAUUGGCUACUAAAUGUUAUGAGUCGGAUAGUGAGAUUGAAGUUCCGAAAAAAAGAAAAUAUCGUGGUGGUAAAGUUUGGUUGUUCUGGGCUAAUGGCAUAGAGUUUCAACUGCAUUCAGUGAUGGCUCAAGCUCUCUCAGGUUGGUUUUCUAUUGGCAAUUCUAGAGUGUUGACUACUUUUAUUUAUGCAAGUUGUUUUCAAGAACAGCGUCGGGUCCUGUGGUCUUAUCUUCAGGAUUUAGAUGGUGGUGCAAAUAUACCGUGGUUUCUUGGUGGGGAUUUUAAUAUUAUCCGGUCUGAAGGUGAGAAAAUUGGUGGAGUUUGUCAGUCUUCUCGGGGGCGGGACGAGUUUAAUAGAUGUAUUCAAGAUUGUAGUCUUGUUGAUCUUCCUUAUUCUAGCAAUCGUUUUUCUUGGUGUAAUGGGAGGUUAGGGGGUGGAAGAAUUUGGGCUCGACUUGAUAGAGUGCUGGUGAAUACUGGUUUUCUAUCGAGGUUUCCAAAUAGUUGUUUGAUGUAUCUUCCUCGAACCUCGUCUGAUCAUUGUCCUAUGAUUACUUCUUUAUGGGUUGAUAGGAGGGUUGGUCCUAUACCUUUUCGUUUUCAAAGAAUGUGGUGUUUGCAUGAGGAUUUUUUAGGUGUGGUUAGUGAGUGUUGGCGGCAAGAAUUUCAAGGAUGCCCGAUGGUGAAAUUUAGUAGAAAAUUAAAAAAAUUGAAACAAGUGUUGAAGAAAUGGAAUAGGGAGGUCUUUGGUAAAGUGGGAGUAGAUCUUAAAAUUAUUGAAGAGGAGCUUCUUGAGUUGGAGAAUAAUGUGCAGCAUAAUUAUACUCAAGAUAUGGAAGUUGAACUUUUGAGAUGCAAGCAAAAGCAUCUCCAAUAUUUGUAUAGAGGAGAUUAUGGGGUGUCAAAAAUCCAGAGUUAA